CAAUGUGGAGCAGCUGGUUGUUGACCUCAGCAUGGGCAUCAGGGGUGCCAAAGUGCCAUCAGUUGUUCACCAUGAGCUGCAGCUACUGGGGCUGCUGACCUUUGCUCUUCCAGAAAAAGCUCAGAGUCAAGCUGUGUUCAUUCUGAAGGUGCUUCGAGACCAGCUCAACCGACAUACUGGUGCUCGCCCUGACCUCACUAUUCUGUCUGGAUGCGUACGAGGGCUCACAUAUUACCUGCACCACUUCCCUGAUGGAGCUCACGACACUCCAGAGCUUUUUGCUGAUCUUUAUGAGAGGCUCCACAAGAUCAUCAACCCUGCCCUGAACCUGCCCAAGAGAGAGGCUCCCAGAGUGACCCUGGAGUUGCUGCACCAGCACGCUGCACGGUUCAGCUCAGAGUUAUUGAAGCAGCACGCGUUGGUGUAUGCGUGGCUACUGCGUUGGAGCUGCGCCUCCAACACAGAUGACCUCAAGGCCGGCAGACGCGCCAUGGAGUCUUUCCUUUCUGUGCUUGCUUCUGAACUGGAGCUCAACCCGUCCGACGUCGCGCACACUGCUUUCUCGCACCUGGUGAAGGAGUUCAAUGCGCUGCUAGAGAGCGACAAGAGUGAGGGCAACUCAAGUUACUGUGUGAGCCUCGCCGUCCGCGGCUACGGGCUUUUUGCUGGCGCUUGUAAGCAGCUGUUGCCCUCCCAGCAGCUACGCCAGCUCUUCUCUACCGUCCUCACUGCCAGCCAACACGCCUUCAACCAGGCGUCAGAACUGUUCGACACGAAGCUGGCCAAUCUGCCCAACUUCAUCCAGUCGCUGGCAUCCAUCAUAAAGCAUCUUCCUGACGCUGACAGCGCGAGUGUUAGCGCCGUGCUGGAACUGAGCGUGGCGCUGACGCGGCACUACCCACAGCUGGCCGCCCCUGAGCGCGGUGUCGCCCAUGCUGCGCUACUGACGCUCCUCGCCACCUCUACGGCCGCUCCUGGGCUCAGCUGCAUCCGCUCUUCUUGGGUGCACCAGAGUAUCCUGCUGACGUGCUCGCAUAGUGUCCCUGGGGACGACGCUGUCCCUGCCAGCGUCCCGACAGGAGGCCGGCGGUGGUUUGGUGUCGCGGACGAGCCCGUCUCCUGUGCCAGCUUCUUCCCCCUGUGGCGGGCGCUGCUGUGCCCCACCGCAGCCAGCGCCGUCAAGUGUUCUGAGGUAGCCGUGUCACGACGCUCAGCGGUGUGCAGUGCACUCUUCACUGAGUUCUCCUCAGCAGCGGACCUCAUCCUAGGGCAGCUUGACCUCAGCACUCAGCAGCAGCAGCAGCAGCAGGAAGAUGAGCUGCCACCACAGGCGUUGGAUGCCACAGAUAAGAAUCCUGUGCGCACUGACGUCGUGCUGGAUUUGGUGGCUAAAACUCCUAAGGACUUUCAGGUGUACGACAGCUUGGUAGCCCUGAUGUCAGACUGUAACUUUGGCUGCUACAUGCCAGAAGUAAAAACUCUUAUCGUUAACCAACAUUUCUCAGGUGUACGACAGCUUGGUAGCCCUGAUGUGUACGACAGCUUGGUAGCUCUGAUGUCAGACGUCCUGGAGGCACGCUGCCCGCGUACGAAGUCUGAGGACAAUCUAAUCAGCCACUCGUCAGAAGGCGACUGCGAGGCUGCGGUGACAUCAGCUUUCUGUGUCGUGGCGAGGGCGAUCCGCGAGCCGCUGGUGUCGCAGCACUACGCGCUGCUCACGGUGCUGCUGCGCUACCUCCACGCUCACCAGCUCUGGCAGAGACAGCAGGAUGUGGCAUCUCGUAAUCUUGGCGAGCUCGUGGUGAGCUUCGCCAGCGACUGCUGCGAGACGAGCAAGCAGUUCAGCGACCAUCUCCUUGCGUCCUGCCUCGCGUUCCUCCUGGCUUUGCCCAAGCCUCUGGCCAGACAAAUCCUGCCCCAACUGUCGCAACCCAUGCACACUGCACUGGCGAUGGGAUUAAGCUUCCUUCCCGUGGCGCUCUCGGCCGUAGCUUGCCUACAGCGUCUUGUUGAUGACCUCGCCUUCAGUCAAGACGAGAAGUACAAGGCCAACAUCCGCGGGCUGGUGCAGAGUGUGCUGCCAGACUUGCUGACGCACGUUCAGAGCCCUCAGAGGGAACGUUCUGAGCUCCAAAGUCGUGUCAUUAACGUUAAGCUGUCCUUGCUUAAUCAGAGACGUCGAGUCGACGUAAGAAAAAUGAGAGACGCUCGAUGUUCAAAAGUUAGCCCCUCGAUAGACUUGGAACGAAACGUGUUGAAAUUGCUGGGCAGUCUGGGACCAGACGUGUGUUCAGCAUUGUCAUCUGAAACUGGCUCUGUAGCCAACACUUCGUCUGAACCAGGCAUAGCUGUUGAAGACACGGGUAUUAGAUGGGAUGAAUGCGAUCACGUGGCUUUGAAAAUACCCUACGAGCACUCUACGCUUGACCUGCAUCUGGACUCUGCCCUGCCUCGUAUAGCGCAUCUUGCGCUACACGCCACCAACAGACAAACUAAAGUUGCAGCGGCCGAGCUGCUCCACUCCGUUGUCAUCGUCCUUAUUGGAUCGGGACGGACGGCAACCCGACCAAGUGCCCCCGUCUACCGUCACUUGUUUGCCGCCUGCCUGCGCCUCGCGUGCGAUGUUGACCACGUGAGCCGCCACCUCUUCGUGACGCUCAUGAUGCAGUGCACGCACUACUUCUCCAGCAACAGGGGCUACGAGCAUCCGGACACGGUCGCCCUGCUUGAUGCCAUCAUGGAAGGCCUGGAAAGUGUGAACAAUCCCGCGCUGCGCGACUUCUGUGGUCGAUGCUUGUGCGAGUUUCUGGUGUGGUCCCGCAAACAAAAUGUCCAGGCACGCACCUCGAGCCGCGCCACGGGUUCUGCUGCCCACGCUGACGCGGUGCACCACAACCUCAAGAGCGUCAUGAAGAGGAUCAUCCAUCUGAUGCGCCACCCCAGCGCCUUCAAGAGAAUUGGCGGGUGCGUGGCUUUCAACGCGGUGUACACGGAGGUGCGUGAGAGCGAGACGGCCGUGAACGUGUGGCUGCUGGAGCUGUUUGCUGCCGUGGCCGCCUGCCUCACGCUCGCAGACAAGGACCACGCCGCUCUGCCUUGUGCUGCUCUCGCCUCUACCUCGCUACGGCAUCUCUGUCGUAUAGCCACCCACUACAAGAACUUGUUCAAUGCUCGGUCUGAGAUGAGACGCAUCCCUGACUGCCUGACGGGGAGCGACGGCACGCUCGCUGCCCUCACCGAGUGGAUGCUUCGUCUGUGUGGCCACCGCGCCUCUGCGUUGCGUCACGCUGUCACAGCAUCGCUGCCGGGUCUUGCUUCUUCUGUGCUCGGUUGCAGUAACCUUCAAAGUUUGGUAGACCAGCGAUUUAUCAAAGCAAAUCGUCUGGACGUGCUUGUGGGUGAAGUGCUCGAGCGAGGUGGAUGCAAGGCGUUCGCUCCUGUGAUUGGGUCCGGCGAUAUCUCCCCAUCACCCGCUCAUCCUAAAGAGUGGACAAGCUUCUUGGAGCGCCUACUGGCAUGUCUGGAAGGCAACGUGUGGCUCAUCGGACAUCGGCUCGUACCAAGCACGGUGCUGCUCACCCAUCGAGACUCCAACCUUCUGGCUGCGCUACAACUAUUCUUACUCAAUGUUGUGCCUGAACCACGUCAUGUUCUCUCCUCUAGCAAGCAAGUCAGCAACUGCACUCUCAUCGUCAGGCUCAUGGAUUUUAUGACAGUCGUCAUGAAAGACGUGAAAGAAACUUCGCAGUCUCUCCUUGCUUCAAUUUUUUGUCCCAAUUUCCGCAAGAUUUUUGUGACUGCUGUGUUGGAACCUGCUAGUGUUGGCUUUGAUUUGCGAGACACUGAAGUCAAUGAGAAAUUAUUACCCAGACUUGUGGACACACUGCAAACUUUUCAGCGAUAUCUUAGCCAAGAGCAGAAAUUAGUUUUGCGCAAGUCCAUAGACAGCCUGAUGAGUGGAGACAAUCUCCGUCUUUCAACUCUCCUGCCACUUCACUCCUCUGCUGUGACGUACGUGGCGCCACCAACGCGUCACUUCUUGCAGGGAGUGGCAGCUUUACACCAAACUGAGUGGCUUGACUCUCUUGGUAGUACCGACGAUCUAGCGCGUCACGUUACACGCUGGGCAUCAGAUUUUCUCAUCACGAAUCCUAGCCGUUCUGUUGCAGCCGCUUUCGCCCCAAUUUCUCAUCAAAUCACGAGCUUUGCUUCAACUGCACUGCAUGUUGCCUUGCAGUUACGUGAAGAGACUGUGAGUGAAGUGCUGGAGCUGGUGAUUGCUGCUGGUGACGAGCCUCUAGUGCACGCAGACGCAGUGAUGACGGUGCUGGUGCUGCGCUGCAGCUACGCUGUGCAACGCUGUGUUCAGCUCGCCCAGGCUGGCGGCUGGAAAAAAGCAGUGUUGCUGCUGCUGUCUCUUGCCAGGACCUUGCUUAAAGACUCGGCUUUGCGCAAAAAGUACUCGGAGGAACUGGUGCGAGGAGUGGAGACGGCCUGGGGGACCUUAGCCACGUACGGUAGCACCAGCGACCUGGUGUACACGCCAGAUUUAUCUGUAGAUUUUAUCGUGUGUACCGUGUAUCGUGUGUACCGUGUAUCUUGUAUACCGUGUGUACCGUGUACCGUGUGUACCGUGUAUGCGCUUCUGUUGCACCUCGCUAAGAUCUUCUGCCACGAGUCUAAUCACAGGUAUAAAGAUCUGCUGGAGAGCAGCAUGAGCAAGGUGAUGGCAGGCGUGGGCACAGAGGCUCAGUUCUCGCUUGCGUCCCGCGUCUUCCAAGUCGUAGAGGCUCAGGAAGCAUCAGGCCUCCAGCUGCACCGGCAGCUUCUGAACGAGCGCGUCUUACUUUCUCUGCUGAGAACUGCUGAUGUCGUGAGCGUGGAGCGCUUCUUUGAACGUCAUCUCAAAUCUAUCAUGAACCUCUUGUCCUGCUCUCUACCUUCGCGCCCCGAACAACAGCUCUGCGUGUUGACUGGCAAACUCGCCGCACUUCGACUUUUGCAACUGCUGUAUGCCAAGCUGAGCCGUGAUCAGUGCUUUAGCUCCGCAUCUGCCGUGAAUGCCGUAGUGAACCCAGCGGACGCCUCGGGAAAGGAACUGACGAAGGAACUUCUGAAGCGAACUGUACGCCUUGCUAAAGGCGAACUCCGACACGACACGACUCACGCUGAGCUGCGACGCUUGUGUGCCUCAGCUGCGUAUUCCCUUUUGAUCGCCAUCCUCAUCAACGUUCAGGAUGAUCUCAAAUUCUACAAUAAUUUCCUUUUUGUUCAGAACACUGCAAAAGGAGAAGCUUUGUGGGCUUCAAUGAUCGACGUAAAUCAGAAAUUAGAGUUUGAAGAAGAAGUCGGCGUCGCAAGCAAGAACACGAGCCGUCUCGUGGCGGUGCGUCAAGUCCUCUCCAAGUCCGAUGCGGUUGCCGAGGCGCGCUAUCAACCAACUGUGCUCAUGUUCAAGUCCAAUUACCUGGCUGACAGUAGCCUCAGUCAAGACCUGAGUCAGUAUGAUUUCUCAUCAGCUCUCGUCUUAUCUUUGGGCGAGAAAACUCAACACUCCAAACCCAGAGACAUAACUGAAGGAACCUUGCUUCCAAUGACUCUGGAAACGUGUGAUUUUAACAGCCAUGAGGUAAUGCCUGAAUUAACUGCUGUGUUGCAUCAUAUUCACAGAUUAACUGAGGAUAAAAGCCAGUCUUCGCCUCCUCUCUGGAUGACAGAGAUUUUGAAAGAGCUUAGCAACUCUAAAGCACCUCGUAAUGUCCGGCUUUUCCUUCUUAGGCUCCUAACCAACACGGCCCAAUUGUUCGCUCCGUACGCGCGUCAUGCUAGUAGAGCUGUCUUACAGUGCAUCACCGAUGGCACCACUGGCGUUGGCUUUAAUUAUUUUUUGGCAGACUUGGUAGUGUUGCUUGUCGGAUGGGGUGUAGAUGGAGCACCCAAUGACCCCGAUGAUAGUCCACUUUUGGCAAAACUUAUGUGUCACCUCAUUACUUCGCUGCCCCAUCUCAGGGCAGACGUGUUCCGCUACAACGUCGACCUCCUUCGAAGCCUCGUAUCAGUUUGGUGUUCGGCGUGGCCCACAGUGGAUGGAAGUGCAAUAAUAGAGCUGCUCGAGACGCGUGAGGGACAUAAGCGGGAAGUUGAUGCCGGAUUGCACGCUGCAGCCUGUCUGCUUGUGGCCGGCGUAUCGCCUUACAACGAGCAAGAUCGCAUGCAGGAACGUAAGAUGCAUGGCGUGUUAUUGAAGUGUCUCGCUAACCCUCGAGCAGCUGUUUACAACGCUGCUUCUGAAGUUGUAGGUCUGAUGCUCGCACGAUCCAUGACAUCGAGAGGAGGUGUGGGUGAUGCUGUGCCCAGCAGCAGCAGUGACAGCCUCACCAGCGAGGCCACUGUUGGUUGUGAUGAGUUCUUCGGUGAUGUUGUUGCCUGUGUUAUGGACCUCAUAAGCAAGCAUCAAGCUCAGGGUCUCUCGGUGCUUUAUCACAUCCAUAAGCACUUCAACACUAUUGACAACCGGUUUACUUCGAAGCUGCUGGUGCUGCUGCCCAAGCUUUACGGCUUGCAAAAAAUGCGAGCUAUGGAGUGCCUCAUCGCUCCUCUGUCUACGCAUCCCGACUGCUUCCAGCACCUUCAACAGCAGCGCAUCACAGACGCCCUACAGAUCAGAGAACCCGCUACGCAGCUAGUUCUUCUGCAGCUGCUAAAUUCUUCUCUGACUCAGCUGACGGCCAGCCAAGUUUUAACGUUCUUACCCUUUCUAGUGAGCUUUCUAAAACACCCGGUGUCGUCUUGCCGCGAGGUAGUGUUUACGUCGCUUACUUUUCUACACGACCGUUACCAAUGUGAAAGUUCAGAGGACCAGAAAGAAGUCUACUGCACAGUGCAUGAUGCUCUACUGCAAGCGGUCGCAGACGAAGACACUGAAUUACGCAAUUUCAUUCUUGACUACUGGACGCGGAGGGCUCAAAGCCUAAGUCCUCAUGAGCUGCUCGUUUUUGUUCUUCGUGACCUAUACAGUGUAAGCAGUGAAGAUACGUACUUACACACAGUUUGCCAUGUAUUGCUGCAAAUCACUCACUCUUCGCCGUCUUAUGCUCGACCCUUAUUCGAACAUCCUCUGACUGACUGCAAGUUCGUAGAGAUGAAAGUUUGUCCGGCAUGGCGAGCUCGUCAUGCGUCAAUGGUGCCUUUGUUCAGUAACACACAGAGCAGCGCUGACUCAAAUGGACCAUCGCUAUCGCAGUUGGUUGCUUUGACUCAAGGAGGCGAGGUUGGUCAUACUUUGGCUGCUAUUGCCGCCACUCAACAGCGACAGUUUACGCCAACUCAGGCGGCUCCAGAAACACUUGGAGGAACGUUUGAUAUGGGAACGGAUGCGUCGAUGCAGGAAGAAGUCUCGUUCACUCAACUCCAAGAUAAGGCAAAUACUGUGUCUCAAGGUUCUGCGGGCCUGGUUUUCUCUUUGAAAACUAAUCAAGCCCGUACGUAUUCGAAAACUGGACUCGGUAAAACGAGACUAAAGCCCAAAACAUUUGGUGAUGAAAAUGACGGGGAUGAAACUCCUUCAGCGAUCGUAUCAUCGCUCGUUCGGCGCCGGUUCACUCGUCAGCAAGAUAAGGAACAACAAUACAGAUACUUUGCGCAGGCCGAAGAAAAGCGUCGUGCGCUAAAGCAUCGACUAGAACGAGAACGGACGUUGCGACGUGAAGCUCAAGUGACAAUGCUACGAGAGUAUCGGGUGGGCGAGUUGCCUGACAUACAGAUUCAGCACAGAGCUGUUCUGGACCCACUGCAAGCACUUUCUGAGAGAGACAGUUCUGUAGCACGACAUGUGUUUGUGCUACUGUGCGAAGGCCUCUUUCGACAUGGGGAGGAAAGGCUGUCUGAAACUCAACUUAAGAACUGGAGGGAAGAGAUUAGAUCAGCUCUAAGCACCCUCCUCGUCGAAAGUGUGCAGAACUCUGCGCCUGUAAUGGCAGCCGUGUUGCACCUUCUUCUUAGUGCCAAGAUAAUGGCUGAUCCUAAACUUAUCACAAAUGCGGCCCUUAGCAGUGGGCAGGAGUCACUGGGUAUCCUGCUUCUUGAACAAAAUGUUUUAAUGAUACGCAAAGAUGUGAAGUCGUCUCCGCCGCGGAAGAGACAAAAGCGAGGCGUGACAAGCGAGUUAGCACAAUCUUCAGAAGACGACGUGCCGAAACUGAUGAUGCAUCUUGCUGAGCUGUACAGCAGCCUCGGAAUGUGGGAUGCCGUGCGUGGUGUGCUUCAAAGCAGCAUGUCUUCUCUUCACGGCAAUACUAGAGAGGCGUUACACUGCGAGUCUCUUGACAAGCCACUUGAGGCUUAUAAGUUCUAUCUGUCUGCUUUGAGCUCCCCAGAAGUAGAGCAGUCAUCUGAAGAACAAAAAAUUUGGGAAGAACGUUUGUGCGCUACUGCCAGUGAACUUGGCAUGUGGGGAGUGCUUGAUUCAUUUCUGGACCAACGUCUGCUGACAGAUCCUGAGAGCGGUGCAGUGGAUACCGAGCGGCUAUGGCAAUUGCCGCGCCCUGCAGCUGCCAUCACAGCAUUCGUCAACUCUCGAGUCAUGAAGCUGCUUUCUAACGCUGAAUCUGACGGCGGUCUUCUGCAGUUUGUGAACAAUGCAAUGAAAGAUGAACCGAGGAAGAUGCUACUCGAAGACAAUGUCAGUUUACAGCUUGGCGUGUUAUCAGUUUACCAAGAAUCCCCUACAAUAGCUCGAACUUUCCUGCUGUCCGCCACAAACGCUUUGGUUGGAAAACUAGGCCAUCUAUCUCAUUUGUCACCCAAGCCACUCGCAGCGGCAUUACGGCAUCUUCAACUUAUUUUGGAAAUGGAUCAGUAUUUGUCCAUUCUUCAAGAAAAUUCAGAAGCAGGAAAAAAGGCCCUGGCUUCUAAAUUGUGCUCUAGCUGGCUACAUAACCUUCCUCGAAAGGAAGAUGACGCAGUUUUUGCUCAGUUUCUUGCGUCAUAUCGCGGAAUUUACUUGCACUUCAUGUCUAAAAUGUGUGGACGUGAAAUAGCAGAUAAAGUUAAUGAAACUAAAGCCAACUCUCAUAUCGGAGUCGUAGAGGUAGCGCUCUCCACUGGAAACUCUUCUUUGGCAACUCAACAGCUGAGUAGAGUGGACCCGCUCGUGAAAAAAGGCCUUCUUACCGAGAGCCUUACUGUCAAGUACCACUUUUUGUGCGCCAACACAAGUAUCAUUAUUGGUCAAAAUAAACGUGGCUCAGAACGAAUCAAAAGUCUCGUGGAAGCUUGGUGCAGACAACUUGGGGAAGUGGAAAAACUGCAGGAAAGAUUCACUUCCCCAUUCGUCAACAUGGAGUACCUGUGCGUCGAAAGUAAACUCUGCGUCGAGCUAUGCAAUGCUAUCCAGUCUUUGGGAGGAAAUUUCGAUGCUCAAAACGCGCACCUUGCCUUAGUGGCUAAAAAGUUUCCUGAAGUUCAGAAUGAUCCUCGUUCCUGGUAUCAAAGCUUGCUCAUGUGUGCACUCAAUGCCCAGGUUCAGGCCUGUGAGCUUUCCGACAAAAUCAAUUCUGAAAUGUUGGAUGGCAACUUAGUUUCGUCAUAUCAUAUUCAAACUCACGAAAGUUUGGCAGUAUUCUGCGAAGAUUGCAUCAGCGCCUGGUCCGAAUCAAUACAAGUGGAUGAGUACCUCAAGAUCCUUGUUACAUCGACUCUGAAAGCCAUGACAGCAGGAUCUCGUGUUUCUCACUUCAAUUUCCCGCGCCUUAUUCACCUCAUGGAGGAUCAUGCCGAACUUAUCGAGGUUUUUCAGCGGGAGAUUUCAACCGUUCCCGUAUGGCUGUUUCUAUUAUGGCUACCUCACAUAUUGAUUUAUCUGGAGAAAACUCCGGGGCGAGUGUUGCGACCUAUAGUUGUUCAACUUGCCGAAGAGUAUCCACAAGCCGUCUUUUACCCCUUCUCAGUGAGUAAGACUUGCUACAAGUUCGACGGUCCACACGGUUCUGAUGUUCGGGCCACAUGUGUCAAAGUUGAGGAAAUUCUAGACACGAAGUGCAGACUUCUACAGCCGUUCCUGGAGGCGAUCACACUCGUUACCGAGCCUUUUGGGGACGUCAAAGUUGAUGUGAGGAAUGCCGAGAGACUUCCAUCCAGUCAAUCAAAAGCGAAUAAAUUAAAAUAUAUUAAGGAGCAAUUUUUUGCAAACGUAACAAGCCUUGCGCUGCAGCAACAGGAAACUCAACGUGGAGCUCAGUAUUACCUGAUCCUUGACAAACUCAAACUUGUCUUCAAAAAAUAUUUUGGUGACAAGGGCAGCGAGAUGAAGUCUCUCAAAUGUACGGAAAUCGAUCGUUGUAUUACAGAAUUGCUAUCGUGCUGGUCCAGCAGCUUGAAUGAUGUCAAGGAACUCUCUCCGUGGCUGUCCAGCUUCCAAGGAUCUCAGUAUUCCGAUAGAAUUGAAAUUCCAGGUCUGUAUUCCGGCUUCUCCAAACCAAAUGUUGAACAUCACCCGUGCAUUUCAAGCGUUGACAACAACCUUGUCGUCUUGAAGUCACUACGAAGCCCAGUUGUGCUAAAAAUGCACGCUGAUGAUGAGAAAACGUACAAAUUCCUCGUUAAAACUGGCGAAGAUCUGCGCACUGACCAGCGGAUCGAGCUUAUGUUCACUCUCAUGAACAACAUUUUCGCUCACUCGCCCGUCACUAAGCGCCUGAGCGUUGAAGCGCGGGUCGUUACGUACAGUGUUGUGCCGCUCACGGUCGAACUUGGCAUGUUGCAGUGGGUUGAUUCAACUGUAACGCUAAAAGAUUUCAUGGAGGCCGCACUCACAGACACAGAAAAACGGCCUUAUUCUAAGAAUCUCGUGAAAUACGGCGACGGGCUGUCAACUCAGGACUUGCUAAAACAGAGUAAAGUUGAUUGUGUGAAAGCCUACUCCGAAGUGGUGAAUUCCUUACCAUGGGAUUUGUUACGUCGCUCUUUGUCUAACCUCGCCAGUAGUUACGAAAGUUUCUUCGUAAUACGCACUAAAUUUUGCUCGAGCCACGCGGUUCUCUCCAUUGCUCAGUGGCUUUUGGGCAUUGGUGACCGGCAUCUGUGCAACUUCCUCGUCGACUACAAGACGGGUACUAUGGUGGGCAUAGAUUUUGGACAUCAUUUUGAGACGGCAACUCAAUUUCUUCCUCUUCCCGAGCUGAUGCCAUUUCGCAUGACUCCUCAAAUUGUGAAUGUCGCCCAGCCUUUCACUACAAAGGGCAUCAUCCGCGAGUCAAUGGUGUCGUGCUUGCAAGCCCUCGUCUCAAACAAGAAAGUCAUUCUAGCAGCAGUCGAAGCAUUUGUCAAAGAGCCCACCCAAAACUGGCUUGAGUUUGUCAAACUACAGGAAGAUGUUGUUGAUCAGGAAGGGAUUCAAUCCUAUUCAAGUAUGCGGAUGAAAAUCAUCACCAAAAAACUGGACGGCGUUAAUCCAUGCAUCAUCAUUGACUGGGCCAUGAACAAAAAUCGUCGUAUUCCGCAGAACGUAAAGUCUGUUCUCUCGAAGAUUAUCAUGGGCCAGGACGAAGGAAGAGCGUUGAUGGCAAAAGAGGGACUGAGUGUACCACAGCAAGUAGACGUUCUUUUGGAGCUUGCCUCGGAUCCCAAUAUACUAGGAAGAACUUAUAGAGGCUGGAGUCCUGUGACAUGAGCAAUCAACGGUCCGUCGUCAGGCUGUGUUGAUUGCCGAAGUGUUGAACACAACUUGAUGAAGCUUACAUACAUCAUUUGUUGCUAAUCAUUAAAUAAUCUUAUUAUGCUAGGUAUUGUAUCUAUUUUAAAUUUAUUGAAAUGUAUGUUCCAUCAUCGUAUACACUUCAGAAUUCAUUAAAUUAAUUAUUAACCGAA